UCGUUGUAUCUGACCUCGCAAUAACGUUUAUUCUUAGCAAGGUCCGAGUCAAUAAGGACUACACUCAAGACAGUCCUGUCAUGAAUAAUUAAUAUAUUCCACAGUUUUUUUCUUCGGACUUUCAUUUGACGUUACAGGCAGCGGUAGACUGGACACAGCCAAUCAGCGAGGAGGAAGUCAUGAAUUUUUAAUUAGGGGGCUAUGUACGCCGAUUUCUCGCCGGCCGGAUUAAAAGAAUAUAGCGUUAAAACCCUAUGAAAAUGGCGACGGCAAUGUAUUUGGAGCACUAUCUGGACAGUAUUGAAAAUCUACCUUGUGAGCUACAGAGAAAUUUUCAUCUGAUGCGUGACUUAGAUCAAAGAACAGAAGAAAAAAAAAUUGAAAUUGACAAACUAGCAGCAGAAUAUAUUGCAAAUGUAAGGACUCUGCCCUCUGAGAAGAGAAUGGAACACUUGCAGAAAAUCCAGGUGGCAUAUAACAAGUGUAAAGAAUACAGUGAUGAUAAAGUGCAACUGGCCAUGCAGACCUAUGAAAUGGUGGAUAAGCAUAUCCGACGACUAGAUGCAGACUUGGCACGGUUUGAAGCAGACCUGAAAGAGAAACUAGAAGUGAGCGGUUAUGAGAGUCCUGAAGGAAGAGGCAUGAAGAAAGGCAGAGGGCAGAAAGACAAAAAGACGCCUAAAGGACGUGGUAGGAAGGGUUCUGAUGAAGAGUCCCCAAAGAAGAAGAAAUUGAAAACUGGUUCUGAUUACAGUGAUUCCAUUCUUGCUGUGCACCCAUCAGAUGUGUUGGAUAUGCCUGUUGAUCCAAAUGAACCAACAUAUUGCCUCUGUCACCAGGUUUCUUAUGGAGAAAUGAUUGGAUGUGACAACAAUGAUUGUCCAAUAGAGUGGUUCCACUUUGCAUGUGUUGAUCUCACAACAAAGCCAAAAGGAAAAUGGUAUUGUCCUCGCUGUACCCAGGAAAGAAAGAAAAAAUAGGAUCUAAGGUGGAUUUUGAGGAAAAUAAUAUAUAUUUUUGUUGUAUAAUAGCUUAGAAUGUUUAAUCUACAUAUUCUCUUUGAGUGGACAGUGACUUAUAGAGUCCUUAUGGCCAGUUGUAAUACUGACAAGCUUUUAAAAUUGUUAAUAUACUUGAAAUUACAGUAUGCGGUCCGUUACUGAUACCAAGAAUCAAUAUAUUGCACUUUUAAAUCUCCCUAAAUAACUGAAGUGUAUGAAAUUUUCAAUCUAGUAGCACAACAUACUGAAAAAUGUAAUGUCAGAAAACCAGCGAAAUCCAGAGACCGUCCAUAACUGACCUAAGUGACUGAGCUGAGUCACUAUUUUUUGGGAUAGAAACCACACUGUUAAAUUUAUAUGCUGAUGUACAUUUUACAGAAGUAAAGAAUGUAGGAGUGCCAUUAGAUUUUUUUCUAAACUGUGAAUUUAUUUUUAAUAAGGGAUUCUAUAUUAGUUGGUUUGAACGUAAUUUUAGUAUUCAUAGUAAUUCUGUAUCUGCUUACAGAUGUUUAUUUUAAACCUGUUAUAUAUAUAUAUAUAUAUAUAUAUAUAUAUAUAUAUAUAUAUAUAUAUAUAUAUAUAUAUAUAUAUAUAUAUAUAUGCGCCUGAAGAUAUCUAUGUAAUAAUUCUUUAUUUGUGCUGCUUUUGGCCUUUUUGCUAACAGGAAACCGCUGUGUUGCCCAAACGUUUGUAAUUGCCUACUUCACACUUUUACUGUAAUUAAGGAAUAUGAUUGUUCCCAUCUUGCAACUCCAGAGCCAGGUCUACUUUUGGCUUUAAAAUGUCAUAGUCUUCUACAAAGUAUAGUGUUUGUGUAUGUUUGUGUGCAGCAUGUUCUGUGUACAUGAAAAAUCAGGUUUAGAACUACCUGUUUUAUGGCAGGUUUCUUCAUCAUUUACCAAGCAAACUGCCCACUGUCUGACCUAGGAAAAGACAAUUAACUUUUGAUUGGUAAAGAUAGUGUGAUUUGACACUGAGGAACACACAUUCAUCGCCAAUCUAAUGUGUGUUUUGUUUUCCUUGAAUAAGUUGUAGAAGUAGAUCAUGAUCUAUAAUCCUAUAAUAUGGUCUAGGACUGAAAAUGAUAGUGUGUGCGUGUGUGUGUGCACACCUGUGAUUGUCUAUAACGUUUGCACUAUUAAGUGAAUGCUGGACCAGUGUGUAUGUGCUUACACAUUGUAUUAGUAUAAUGCACAUUAUACAGCAGGUUUUCAAAGUCUGGAAUCAAAGUAGUAUAGGAUCUGUAGAAUUCAUGACCGCUUUCACUAUUGUUAGUUGUGUAUAUGUGUGUUUAUGUACAGUUAGUUAUAUAGAGAGUGUGUGUGGGUGAAAGGGGUAUAUAGUCCGUUAUAGUUUGUUUUUAUAAUAUGAAAAUAUCCGCACAUAUUCACAUAAUACAAAUGACCAAUAUUUAUACCAUCAAUCUUUAAAAAAUCACCACACACGUGCUUAUGUGAACAUUUUUUCAGGUUUUCUUCUUUUUAAAUUUUUAUAUUACUCUUGAGUGAACAUUUAGAUAAUAUUGUAGUGUAUAUUUUAACAUUUAUAAUAAGGUCUGCCCCUUGUUUUUUUAUAUUAAGAAACAAUGUUUGUAAAGAAACUAGCUGUAAAUAGCCCAGUGUCUUUUCACAACAAUUUUGCUAUUUACCGGAAAGUUAUAAUUGUAUUCUACACUGAUUUAGUAAUCUGUGAUGAAUGGGGGUCCAUCAGUCAUAAACUUUGCUGCUAUGUUCUUGCACACUUAGCUUUGUUAUUGUCCGUUUAUAAGAUGGAAACUAACUCCGUCUGAAAAUCCUUUAGCAAUAGCAGACAUUGAUGUUGAUGCGUGUGUAUAGGUAUAUACUGUAUGUAUUUUUUAUAGUUUUAUUUUUUUAAUGCAUGCACACGUAAAUAGGAUGCAGGAGCCGCACCUUAAUUGGCUACGCUUGCAUCUCCAAGCGUGACACCUCAGCAUGCAUGCACUGACUACAUGAAGGCAUGGCAAGCAGCCUGUGAUUAAAAUAUAAUUAUAUCCUAACUGCUGCUGCACAACCUUACUAUGUCCAAACCAGUACAACAUGUUUUGCUGUUAUAACCAUAUAAAUGUAUAGCAAUAGUUAGUGUUAAUGUUAAUGUUUAAAGGAAUACUGAAGUGGUCCCGCUGUGCUCUGCGCAUAUUAGGAAAGAAUGCACUAAAUCUCUGGAACAGGAGGAUUAACUCACUAAUUGUAAUACAUCUUGUAAUACAUGUAUACAAGAAAUAGGUCAGUGAUACAUCAGCAUUUCUCCAAGAACCACAUUUUAAUUUCCUUUUAAGCCAUUUAUUGUUUUACAUUUUAUAUGUAUGUUAAAAUAGCUGAGAUAAAAAAAACUGUCUGUACUUUUAAAAACAUUUCUAUCCUUUUUCCCAAAGAAUGUCUGUUCCCC